GGAGUCACUGUCACCUGCAGCUCCCACUGCCUGGAAAUCCACCUCAGGAGCUCCAGCCCAGCCCUCUGGAGGAGGCCCAGGAGCUUCAAUUUCCUUGGAAAAAACCCGUGUAGGUUUUGGAGCGGCUUAAAAAGGGUCCUGCAGGUCCCUGCUGGGGGAUUCUCCCCAGGGCUGUCCCCUUGCUGAAGGAAGAACAGAGAAUUCCUGCUCCCAGGGCUGGGUUUUUGGGAAGAACAGAGAAUUCCUGCUCCCAGGGCUGGGUUUUUAGGAAGAACAGAGAAUUCCUACUCCUGGGAUGGAUUUCCAGGCAGCUCCAGCCCUGCAGGCUCCAGGUCCCUGCCCUGGGCAGCUCUGUGGGUUUGGGUCCCUGUUGUCCCCUCACUGUCCCCUCCCAGGCCAGGACCCUCAGCUCCCUCCCCCACAGCCAGAGGGGGAUCCAGGGCAUCAAUUCCAGGUGGGAAUUUGUGGGAUUUUCCAUGUUUGGUCUCUCACAGUGAUUCCCCUCCAGACUGGUUGUGUCUGAGCCAGGGACAGACCCCGAAUGGGGCUGGUGGGAAUGUCCCCAAGCUGUGGCAGGACCUUGUCCCUCCCCGUGACUUCCAGGGUGUCAGAGGAGCACCCCAAUGCUGGAAUUCCUUGUUUUCCUAUGGGAUUUGCAGGGCAGGAAGGGAACUGAUCCCCCAGCAUGGGCCGGAGCAGAGCUGGGGUGACUUUGGGGGGAUAAAACUGAAUUUUCCAGUGCUGGCAUUGAGCUGGGUGGCUCCAGCUGCCUUUGGGGGCUGUGACAUCGAGGUGGCAGUGGCAGCUCUGCUGUGAUGGCCACGAGGGGACCUGGGGGUGCCUGGCUGGGGCAGGACCCGGCGCUGGGUGGGGACCGGUGGUUUUGGGGCCAAUGGUUUUGGGGGCCGAUGGUUUUUGGGGCUGUGUGAAGCAGGACUUGGAUGGUUGGAUGUGCUGGAGGUCGAUGGCUUUAAGAGAGGAGUGCUGGACACCGUGAUUGAGUUAAAAAAGGGAUUUUUUGGGAAGGAAGAGCCGGCUCCGGGUCUGCCCCCAGCUCCGGGCAGCGCUUCUGGGAGCAGCGCUGGGUUCCCAUCCUCACCCCUGAGCCCACAUUGAGUUAAAAAAGGGAUUUUUUGGGAAGGAAGACCCGGCUCCGGGCCUGUCCCCAGCUCCGGGCAGCGCUUUUGGGAGCAGCGCUGGGUUCCCAUCCUCACCCCUGAGCCCCCGGACCGUGCUGGAGCCCGAGCGGCCGCUCUGGAGGUGCCGGAGAGACGGCGGAGCCCCUGAAAGGGUUAAGGGGUGCCGGGAGCCGCAGGAUCCCACCCAGAGCCGGGAAUCCCGCGGUGCUGAUUGAGCUCCGAGCCCAUCAAAGGCUCCGAGCAGGGACCCAACCCCCGCGGGUGCCCGGCCCGGGCUGUUCUUUGUCUGGGCGAGCAGAGCAGCGAUGUGGCUCCUCCGCAGCCUCGCCUGGGCUCUCCUGAGCCCCGUCCUGGCCACCGAGCUGAGCCCGCAGGAGAGCUCCCUGCUAAAAUCGCUGGGUCUGAGCGCCAGGCCCAGCCCCAAAAGCCCCGUGCCGGUGCCGCCCGUGCUCUGGAGGAUCUUCCAGAAGAGGAAGACGCUGCCAUGGCCGGAGGGAGAGCCGGACUCCUGUAGGGUGGAGGAGUUUAAUGUCCCCGGGAACAUCGUCCGAGUCUUCGCGGACCAAGGCCGCUUCCUCCCCGCGGGGCAGCCCCAGGGCUGGCUGUGCCUGCGGAAGCUCCUGUUCUUCAACCUCUCCGCGCUCGAGGAGGGCGAGCGCCUGACUAUGGCCCAGCUGGAGCUCCAGUUCCACCACAACUCCUACCACGGCCCGAGCUCCGGGCAGGUUUUGGAGCUCCGGCUGUACCCGGUGUCCCCCCGGGGGCAGCCCCAGCCCGGCCGGCGGCCGCUGCUGGAGCGCUCGUUCGUCCAGCUGCGCAAAUCCCUCCUGUUCAACCUGAGCGCGGCGCUGAAGGACGGCGAGCUGCCGGGCAGGAAUUUGUCCUUCGUGCUGGAGAUCUCGCUGAGCGGCCGGGCCGGGCACGCCGGGACCCCGCGGAGCCUCUGCGCCAGCACCGACGCCUUCGCGGCCACCUCGCUGCUGCUGGUGACGCUGGGCCGGCAGUGCCAGGCUGGCCGCAGGAGGAGGAGCGCCCCGAGCCCCCCGGUGACCCCCAGCCCCCUGUGCAAGCCCCGCCGGCUCUACAUCAGCUUCAGCGACGUGGGCUGGGAGAACUGGAUCAUCGCCCCGCAGGGCUACCUGGCCAACUACUGCCGCGGGGACUGUCCCUUCCCGCUGGCGGCCGAGCUGAACAGCACCAACCACGCCGUGCUGCAGACCAUGGUGCACUCGCUGGACCCGCAGGGCACCCCCCAGCCCUGCUGCGUGCCCGUCAGGCUCUCCCCCAUCUCCAUCCUCUACUACGACAACAGCGACAACGUGGUGCUGCGGCACUACGAGGACAUGGUGGUGGACGAGUGCGGCUGCAGGUAGCGGGGAAGGACGGACAAAGGGGGGAACGAUGGACAAAGGAGGGAAUGAUGGACAAAGGGGGGAACAAACCCCGCUGGGAAAGCCCCGCUGAGCUCAGGGCUGCCCUCUCUACUGGGUUAGGCUGGCACUGAGGGUCGGUGCUGGUUUAGGAUUAGCUGGGAGGGGGUUGUGGGGUUAUGACCAAGCCUGGUGCUCGGUCCCUUCUCGGCGGGGGACGCUGGCACCGCGCUGUGAAUCCCACAUUUCCCCCCUCGCAGCUUUUUGGGGUUUUUGGCUGAACUCUGCAGAUUUCUCAGGGCAUAAAUGACUUUUCUGGGUGAAAUGGGGCUGGGGGUUCCCUGGGGUGUGGUCCAGCUGCUGGGACAGGGAUGCAGUGAGCAAAUCCCUUCGCAGGGGAGGCAGAGCCAGGCAGGAGCUUCCUCUGUGCUCUGGGAGCUGUUUCCAGGGUGUGGUUGGUGAUGGGAUGGUUUGGGGACAGGGCUUGUGUUGGGUGGCCAAAUGCAGUGGAGGUUUUGCCUAAAAAAAUGAAGGUUUUCCCUAAAAAAUGGAAAUUUUACCUAAAAAUUGAGGUUUUGCUUAAAAAAAAAAAAAAAAGAGAUUUUACCAAAAAAUUUGAGAUUUUGCUUUUAAAAAAAGGAUAUUUUACCUAAGAAAUCCGCUGGGAGCCGCGUGCCAGGGGCAGGAUCCUGCAGGGAACGUGGCUGAGGGAAUCCAGGGCAUGCUGGGCUCAGUGGCUCUGCCCUCCCAGCUGGGAGUCAGUAUUAAUUUAUUAAUUUACCUCAUUUGCAAACAGAUGAGCCCAGGCUGUCCCCGGGUGUCCCGGGGCAGGAGCCAGGGGCAAGGGCAGAGCUCAGAGCUCUGCACA